AUGGAGCCUCAAGGCCCCUAUUCUUCUUAUCAGAGUUUCCGAUUCCAGGAGCUGAGAGGAAGCAAGGGGAGGGAACAGCCUGUAAAAGAAUUACGAUGUUCUCACCUCUCUUUUUCUGCAGAUUUGCUGACAGCACAGGAAUACCACUGCCUGCUGCAGCUGCUCUGCCCUGACUUCCCAAUGGAACUCACUCAGAAAGCAGCGAGGAUUGUGCUGAUGGAUGAUGCUAUGGAUUGCCUGAUGUCUUUUUCUGAUUUCCUCUUUGCUUUCCAGAUUCAGUUCUACUACUCAGAGUUCUUGGAAAGUGUGGCUGCCAUUUAUCAAGAUCUACUGGCUGGUAAGAAUCCAAAUACUGUGAUUGUGCCAACGUCAUCCUCUGGGCAACAUCGGCAGCGCCAACUCCCAAAUGACUGCAGCCCACUUGAUGGGGUAGAGGCAUCUCUCUUCUACCAGUGCCUAGAGUCCUUGUGUGACAGAUCAAAAUACAGCUGUCCACCUUCUGCUCUUGUGAAGGAAAUGUUGAGUAGUGCACAGAGACUGACCUUCUAUGGAUUCCUUAUGGCACUUGCAAAGGAUCAGGGGAUCAAUAGAGCCCUAG